CAGAUUUUUCCCGAAUCAGUACGCCAUCCAGGUAUUUUUGGCAUACUGCCGAUUUUGCUUUUGUUUGCAAACUGCACAUUUGGGCCAAAUCAGUACGUACUACUAGUAUAGGAGGCGGUUUCGAAUACAGCCAGUGUGUUAAAGGCACCACCGUUUCCAUUGAAAUAAACAUUUUGUUACAUUUUGUCGGGGCUGAAGUCGGUCCCACAUUACGUUACCGACAUUAGAUAAGACGUAGAGGCGCCACCGUGUUUGGCCAGACAUCAGCUGUAACCUUAAAGUUUCAGACGAAAUGUCCUCCCAAGUCAGACUGAGGCUGCUGCCGAGCGCCAGGUGCUUCUUCGAUGAGCCCAUUCAGGUGCAGGUAGCCGGGCUGAGGUCGAGACAGGUGGUCUCCAUGAAAGCCAGAUCAACUGACGAGAAAGGAGUGGUGUUCAGCUCCUCAGCCACCUACAGGGCUGAUGGGAGCGGGGAGAUCGACCUGAAGAGAGACCCCUCGCUCAGUGGCAGCUAUGUCGGGGUUGAACCCAUGGGUCUACUGUGGUCGAUGAGGGCGGACACCUUGCACAGAAAGUUUCAAAAAACAAAUGCAUUAAACCCCCACGUGGUGAAGUUCUCUGUGCACGAGGAGGAAGGGGAGGAAAGGAUGCUGGCAGAGGCGACCAACGAGAGGCUUCUGAUUGGAGACGGGGUCAGCCGGCUCCCCGUCAAAGAGGGGAAUAUCCGCGGAGUCCUGUUUACUCCCCCAGGAGAAGGUCAGUUUCCCGCUCUGUUGGAUCUGAGCAGCUUUAAGUCUGAGAAAAGAGCCUCUCUGCUGGCAAACAAAGGGUUUAUGGUUCUGAAUGUAGCAGUGUUCUCUGAUAAGCCUGAUAACAUGAAAGAGAUGGACCUGGACCACUUUAAAGAAGCAGUGGAUUUCUUACUACAACAUCCUAAGGUGGGCAGUAAAGGAGUUGGUGUAAUAUCACGAUCUAAGGGGGCAGAUAUUGCGCUUUCACUUGCUGCUUAUGUACCAGGUGUUGUGGCCACAGUGUGGAUCAGUGGCUGCAGCGCCAAUGUGGCUGUUCCUCUUUACUACAGAAAACGCCAAAUCCUCUCACCAGUAGUGUUUGACUUCAGCAAGUUGAUUCCUGUUGAGUCAGGGGCCUUCAUUAUCAAGGAUGGUGUUACAAAUCCCCUGGCAGAGGAAAACAAGGGAAGCCUGAUCCCCAUUGAACAAGCCAAGGGACAUUUCCUGUUUGUGGCUUCAGAGGACGACCUCAACUGGGACAGUAAAGGUUACAUGGAGGAGAUGGUGGAGAGACUGAAGCGUCAUGGGAAGGACAACUUCGAGAGUGUGUGUUACCCGAGAGCUGGACACCUACUGGAGCCGCCUUAUGGGCCCUACUGCCCCUCUAGUGUUCAUGGGUUUGUACUCAAGCCAGUCAUAUGGGGGGGUGAGCCCAGCUCCCACGCAGCAGCUGAAGUCCACCUGUGGAAGAAGAUCCAGGAGUUCUUCAGAACCCACCUGAGCUGUGAUGCCACGCAGACUAAAGCCAAGUUAUAGAUGCAAAUAGGUUAACAUAAAAGAACAAGUAAGAAAAUCAUGAAAUCAAGGCUGGCAGUUAACCUGAUAUAAUUGUUUACGAAGCUGAAUGUUUUGUAAUUAAGUGAACAAUUUAAUAAUUUGAUUGUUCAUGGAAUAUAUCAAGUUGAAAUGUUAUGACCGAUUACAACCUGUUUCAGGCUUACUAGACUGAACAAAAUUAUAAACGCAACUCUUGUUUUUGCCCUCAUUCAUCAUGAGCUGAACUUAAAGAUCUAAGACUUUCUCUGUGUACACAAAUGGCCUAUUUCUCUCAAAUAUUGUUCAGCAGGGUAGGAGAAUAUUGCGUGCUUUGAGUUAAAUUCGGUGAAGUUUCGCUUACAUGUUGUUUCUGUGUUGAGGAAGUGUAUCACUUCAGUCUACACAGAUAUAUAGAGUUGUGUCUGGCACAAAACAGUUGAGGAACCAAAAAAGAGUCAAAAGGCCUAUGUAAUAUAAACUGGGUCCGAGUUAGGCCCGGCAGGAGUCAGGAUAUUAGAGAAAUGUAUGUGCAUGUCAAUAUUGCUAAAAAUAGAGUCUAUAGGGGUGUGUUAACAAAAAGUGUAUACAGAUGUUAAAAUCCUGUAUGUAAAUGUUAGAAAACUCAUUACCAAGGCCUACAAUAAUAAUACCAAGAGUUAAUAAAAUUUGUGUCUUGAAUAUAAAGUUUAAUGAUAAUAGAUGAAUAGAUAUGGGGAUAUAAAAAGGUAUAAUAAGAAGGUAGAAUGGAUGGAAGUAGUAAUAAAGUAAUAAAUAUAUGAAUACAUAUUGAUAAAAUAGUUAAUGUGGACUAGUAUAGUGGAAAAGACAUGUCUGAUGUAGUCUCUGAUUAAAUUGUGAAAUAGUUAUGUGACAAAUUAAGCUCUGAAGCGGCAGUCCACGGCUGAAUAAGGGAGACUGGAUGAGAAAAGAAAAAAAGGAGUUCGCUCACACUAACAGAGAGUGCAGCAAUAAGUUAAUAAUAACAGAAUUUAUUAAAACUUCUUUAACUAAUAAGGGCUGACAGUAAGCAGAAUAGGUAAAGAAUAGUCAUGGCUGCUGGAAAAGAAAAAUGUAGUUGAAACAGCCUACUAAAAUAUUAUGAUAAGAAAAUUUAGUCCAGUAUAACAGGCUGAAGACACUUUUUGGCUGGAGCAAUCUUAUAAAGAUAAGCAGGGUGCAGAGCACUGGUGAGACGAGCAGGAAAAAAACUAAAAUGAUGAUAACUGUAGAUAACACUAAUAGAUACAGAGCAGAUUAGAAUUUGGGUCAACUAAAAUGACAAAAUGACAAGAAGACAGACCUUGUAUAUUCAUAUAUAACCUAUGCAUACAUGCAUACUGUGUACAUGUAAGAUUCAGACUAAAGGCCUUAUACUUUACUAUAGAUUAGUAGCAGGCAGUAGAAGGCAUGGGGUAUUGAUAGCAAGAGUAUCUGAGGUAUCUGCACUGAUGUCAGACACCAUGCACAUACGCUGAGGCAACAUUCCACAACCACACUGUUGCCAGAUAGAGAACUGCAUGAGGCAGGUCGGCACUCAUAGAAAGAAUUAGAGGAAUCAGCAAUGAGUAGAUGGCUACUGAGGACAGGAACAUACACAUAGCACAUCAGGUGAGAAAUACAUUAACACAUAUACACACUAGGCUGCAUUAGAUAGAACAAUACAUACACACAAGACAGGAUAGUGUUUAGGGCAAGUGAUGAUGAAUUAGCAGGAAUGAUUUUAAUGAAUAGAAAAACACAUACAUGAAUACUGCUUGCAUUAAAACAUGAUUUUAAAGAACAUUUGUAAAUUAGGAAACAUGGACAAGAGAAUGAGUUAGAUGUAGAAAGAUGUAGAAAUCAGCACAGCACCUAAUAUUUUAAGCCUGACGUAGGAGCUAGGAUGCCACAUACAAAUAAUAUCUGUUAAAGUAGCUAUAGCAGGGAUUGGAUUUAAUUGGCCAUUAAUUUUGUUUUAGGUUAAAAAACAUUCAUCUAAUGUAACUGUUUAUUGUAAUUUCUCAACUAUUGGUUCACUGUCUCCUGAGUUAGUUAUUAGUUUGUAUAAACAUUCCUUGAGAGUUUGCUUCAAUAAAAUAAUUCCUUAGGACUAAAGAUAAAGUAAGCUA